UUCAAACAAAUGAAUCAAUUUACCCUAUUCCUCCUGACUCUUGAGUUAAGCAGGUAGUUAGUUAUGGCAUCUUCAGCGAUCUCGCGACUAAACACUCUCCGGCGACACUUGGAUUCGGUUGACACAAUCAAAGUGAAGGGAUGCCAUAUCCUCAAAAUUUGGAAACCGCAAAAGAGGUAGAAGCUAUUGUGAGAGAGAACGGUGCAGUUCCUGCAACUAUUGCAAUUUUAGAUGGCACGCCUUGUGUAGGUUUAAGUAUGGAAGAACUUGAAAGGCUGGCUACUUUGGGAACCAAAGCUCAGAAAACAGCUCGAAGGGACAUUGCACAUGUUGUGGCUAGUGGUGGAAAUGGUGCUACUACUGUUUCUGCAACAAUGUUUUUCGCUUCUAUGGUUCAUAUUCCCGUCUUUGUGACUGGGGGGAUUGGGGGAGUGCACAGACAUGGGGAAUAUACUAUGGACAUAUCUUCAGAUCUCACUGAGCUUGGAAGAACACCAGUAGCAGUUAUAUGUGCUGGUGUAAAAUCAAUAUUAGAUAUUCCCAGGACCCUUGAAUAUCUGGAAACACGGGGAGUUUGUGUUGCUGCUUACAAGACCAAUGAGUUUCCUGCAUUUUUCACAGAAUCAAGUGGCUGCAAGGUUUCAUGUCGGGUAGAUACCCCUGAAGACUGUGCUCGCUUAAUAGAAGCAAACAUCAAACUCAAGCUUGGAACUGGAAUUUUGAUAGCAGUCCCUAUUCCUCGGGAGCAGUCAACUUCUGGACACAUAAUUGAAUCUGCCAUUCAAAAAGCCCUUAAAGAAGCUAGGGAAAAAAAUAUAACUGGAAAUGCUGAGACUCCUUUCUUGCUUGCUAGAGUAAAUGACCUGACUGGAGGUGCCUCACUUGCUGCAAACAUUGCUCUUGUGAAGAAUAAUGCUCUAGUUGGAGCUAAAGUUGCUGCAGCUCUUGCUCAGCUUAGAGAAAAUUGUUAAGGUGAGCUUAUACUUUCUUGAUCUGUGUUUUUGAUCAGUUCAGCUUAGUAUAUGAAUGACAAUGAUCCUUAUCUUUGUAACUGCUAGUGUUCCUUAACAUGUUCCUCAAAAGGUUUCUCUGGUGUCAAAUGAUAUUUGUAUCUCAGUAUCUUCUCUAAGUAAGUUAGAUUUGCUUUAAUGAGAUAAGUAUGUAAGGUAGAAAUUUAUCCUAUUGUAGAUCGCGAAUUAACUUGCAGUUGCAGGAAGCAUGUUAUAUGGAGUUUUUUUUUUUCCUAUAUCAAAAAGAUAUUUCUACUUGAGAUAGAUCAUGAGAGAAACCAGUUCUGCGGUUCGAGUAGAAAAAAUAGUUUUUGCUGUCGCAUAAUAUUUGGAAUUCUGGAAAGGACAAUGUCUUGAUUAUGAUCUUCACUCCUACCUAAUUCAUACACUUGUUUGUUUGACUCUCCUCUUUGAGGUCCAUCAUUAUAUAAUAUGUAUGCAGCUUUAUUUUGAACAAUCACUUGCGUCUCUCUACAUUAUAGGAUGCAUAAUUGAAUUACGAUAGU